CUUUCAAUCUCACUCCCCCACUACUUCAUCCCCCAAUCCCUCCCUUUUCUUCUAAACCUAACCCCCCAAUUUUGAAUCGCUGCUCUCAAGUUUACUGGAUAAUCAUGGAUCGGCUCAAAGCUCCGGCGAGGCUAAUGAUAGUUUCGGAUCUUGAUCAUACUAUGGUUGAUCAUCAUGACAAGGAGAAUGUUUCUCUUCUCCGGUUUAAUUCUCUGUGGGAAGCCAGUUAUUGUCACGACUCUCUGCUAGUCUUUUCCACCGGAAGGUCACCAACACUGUACAAAGAAUUGAGGAAGGAGAAACCUCUGCUGACUCCGGAUAUAACUAUAAUGUCUGUGGGGACUGAGAUUACUUAUGGUAACGAUAUGGUUCCGGAUGAUGGUUGGGUUGAGGUUCUGAAUCAGAAGUGGGAUACGAAUGUAGUCAGAGAAGAAUCAAGCAAGUUUCCUGAACUUAAGCUUCAGGCAGAAACAGAGCAACGAGCGCACAAGGUCAGCUUUUAUGUUGAGAAAGACAAGGCUCAGGCAGUGACAAAGGCUCUUUCAGAGGCUUUGAAACAGCGUGGGUUGGAUGUGAAGAUAAUCUAUAGUGGAGGAAUAGAUUUGGAUAUAUUACCACAAGGUGCUGGAAAAGGACAAGCUCUUGCGUAUCUGCUUCAGAAAUUUAAGACGGAGGGACAUCCACCUGUUAACACUCUUGUUUGUGGUGAUUCUGGAAAUGAUGCUGAGCUCUUUAGUAUCCCUGAAGUAUAUGGAGUCAUGGUUCAGAAUGCCCAAGAAGAAUUGUUGCAGUGGCAUGCUGAAAAUGCCAAGGAUAACAAAAGGAUAAUUCACGCGACAGAGAGAUGUGCAGGCGGUAUCAUUCAAGCCAUUGCUCACUUUGGUCUAGGUCCAACUUAGUGCGAGAGAUACAGAUAUUUCCGACUGAGAAUUUACGCUUCAUGAAACCUGCAGUCUAGAUCUCAUCAACCAAUACAAAGUGGCAACAAGACAAUGUAUGAUUUUGUCACUAUGACAAUGCACUUGCACAGACAAGUUAUAAACUUGCAAGUUUGUUUUGAUAAUGAUGAUGGGGUUCAAACUUUUUAAGUCUGAUGUUGUCUAAAAUAU